AUGCUCAAUAACCUAGCCGUGCACCCGCAAGUAUUUUUGGCCAUCAUCUCCGGACGUGGGCUACGCAAUGUGCAAUCGCGUAUCGGCAUCAAAAGCAUCACUUAUGCAGGCAAUCAUGGCUUGGAAAUUGAAACUGGCGAUGGCACGCGUUACGACUACGAGCUGGCACCCGACGUACAAAAACAUUACACCACUAUGGUGAGGGAACUCUCCGAUACGGUGCAAAAGAAUGGCGCUUGGGUGGAGGACAAGAGAGUAUCGCUGACCUAUCACUAUCGCGAUGUGCCUGCGAAUUUGGCUGAACAGCAAAGAAAGAUCGCUACGCGCAUAAUUGAGUCACAUGGCUUCC